UCGCCUGGUGAUUAGGUAAACCAUUUUCAGUCACGUUUCGUUUCUUAUCGAUAAAGCGUGUGUGCUGGGUACAAGUUAUGUAAGUCGUCGGUGUCGUCAUCAGCUUGCUCCGUUUGGCAGUAAACUUCGAAGGAGCUCAGCCUCCCUUUGUUCUUCGUUCCUGUCAUCCACAACUUGGAUGCCUACCUACAUUAGGUAUUCUAUUUCUGACGUGGGGUACAAGAAAGAGAAAGAAAAAAACAAGAAAUUCAAUUAAGGAGCUCUUCUUCUAUUCAUGAAAGUACACUUCGUCUUCUUUUUUUUCUCAAGUUCCAGUUCGUAUUGAAUUAAUUUAAGCCAUGGCUGAGUACAACCCACCUCAGCUAAAUGAGCUGAAUACGGAACAACUGAAGAAAGCCUUCGAUAUAUCUCAUUUCGACUUGAAUGCCAUUUUACGUGGCGCUCAAUUGACACUAGUCGGCGCUCAUCGAGCCUUACAAAAUCCUGCCGUAUUCACAAAUAAGCACUACAAACAAGCUGUCAGAGCCGUAGCCGCCGGUAUUGCAAUCCGCUUGACCAUUGCUAUUCCUAUCAUUGCUAUUAAACUACUCCUUGGCUUCCUAUCUAUGAUAUUUGACCUCGAUAAGGCGACGUGGGAUGACACUUUGGUGAAUGGACUAGAUCUAAUCGCCAACCAUGUCCUCCAAAUACCCUUGUUUCUUAUGACCCUCAUGAGGUACAUGACGCCGGCAUUGGAUGAUAUGUUUAUGGAUUCUUUGCGAUGGGUUGAUAUGACUUACGUCCAAAAACAUAAGAACGAGGACCCCGAUUCGCUAAGGGAUAUGUAUUAUCCAAACCUCAGCAAAUACAAGCAGAAGGACGGAAGUACACACUCGUCGAGUACCAGUGAUAAGAUCGGCAUCUUCUUAUAUCGUUUUGCUCUCAAGGCGGCCACUUCACUAGCCAUAUUCGCAUUGUCGUACGUCCCAUACAUUGGUCGCUUGGUACUUCCAGCAGUCAGUUUCUACACGUUCAACAAGGCGGUGGGUUUGGGUCCAGCAGCGCUCAUAUUUGGGACUGGGAUAUUUCUCCCCAAACGUUAUCUUGUCAUAUUCCUCCAAACCUAUUUUGCGUCGCGUAGCUUGAUGCGAGCUUUACUCGAGCCGUACUUCGCACGCAUUCACUUCUCUAAGGAGCAGAAACGGGAUUGGUUUCGCAGUCGUGAGGGCCUUCUAUUCGGAUUCGGUAUCGGGUUCUACAUACUACUAAGAGUCCCAUUACUCGGCGUGCUGAUAUACGGUAUUGCUGAGGCGUCAACCGCGUAUUUGAUCACGAAGAUCACGGAUCCUCCUCCGUCGCCGAAGGCGCCCCGCUCCGAAACAGAAGGGUUUAUGACAAACCAACUGGUUUGGAGGAAUAAGCACGAAUUCCUCAAUCUCCCGUUGGAAAAGCUUGAUUCUAUCCAUAGCAACCAACUAUCGUCAGAUAAUGGACCGGCAAGUCAGAAAGGCAGAAAAAACCUGUAAUGAAAUAGGAUAAUCCGUCAAGGACAGCGAAGCCCAGAUGAUAAAAAAAGCAUUAAAUACUUAAGAGCCUAGAUACUUUGUACUUGAACGUGGGGCGGGUUAUAAGACAGAUAAGCUAACGUACAUGUACCGAUGCAAAGCCCCCCUUAUCCGAUCAUGUAUUACGUUACUCGGAAAAAAUCUCCCUUGAUUGACAACUUUAGCGGGCUAGGGUUUCCUCUUAUCAGUCGGCUGCAUCUACAUACAUAUGUAUGUACUCGGCAGCUCUAUGCUUGGGUAGUACGAUAAGGUGAAGGCUGCGGGGGUAUGGAAGUACGCUAAUAAUGACU